CAUUGAUCAUGCCAUCGUCCAGCACAUCUCCGCACUUGAGAAGCUAUAGAUCCCCAUCAUCAUAUCCUUAUACAUAGCUUCCUGCUAUAUCGCGCAUUGAGAGGAUUAGCCCGGCCGUCGUCAACACCACAUUCACACCAUGGCCGACUCGGUUGACCGAGUCUUCGGACAUGCGCUCAACACAGUCAACAAGAUCCGCACAGGCUCGCAGAAGCCGCCCGUGAGCGAACGCCUCCGCCUCUACGGCCUCUACAAACAAGCAAUGGAAGGCGAUGUCGCCUACGUCCAAGAACGCCCCACCAUCGACGACAAGAAAGAGCAAGAUAAAUGGGACGCCUGGGCCAGCAAUUCGGGUCUCUCACGCACACAAGCCAAACGCCAAUACAUCGAGACGUUGAUACACACCAUGCACGAAUACGCGAGCUCGACACCCGAGGCUAGGGAAUUGGUCGCUGAGUUGGAGUUUGUCUGGGAUCAGGUGAGGAAUAAUUCGAAUCCGAGUGGGAGUUCGGAUGCGAGUAGUCCGUUGCGCGUCUUGCAUGAGCAGAGGGAGGGAUAUCCGGGUAUGGUCUCGAGUUCUGCUGCCGCCUUCGCCGACGAUGAUGUCGCGUCUCGUCCGCUGCGGAUAUUGAGUCCGGUCAGUCAAGCAGACGAGGAUGAGUUGAACGAAGAGCACGAGGAAGAGUUUGUGGAUGCGCCGAUAAGCCAAUACGAUGAUACUGAGGAUCCUGCUUUGGACGAGGAAGAAGACGACGAUGAUCAACAAGCUUCUCCCUCGCGGCGACCACGGACAUCCAUAUCGAGUCCACGCGACACGCGAUGGCGAAAACGUAUAGAAUCUGCCCUGGUCAAGAUGACGACUGAGGUCGCCGCUUUACGAGAACAACUCGAGUCGCGCAGCUAUAUUGCGCAACGGAGGAAGCACUCUUUCCUAGCCUGGAUCUUACGAGCGUCUUGGUUUCUGGUCAAGCUGGUUGCCGUGGACAUGUUUAUACUCUGGCUUGUGCUUCUAUACUUGCGUCGAAAGAAAGAUAGGAGGCUUGAAGGUGCUGUCAGGGUGUUACUUGGUGAUGCUGUUGCGCAGAUGCAGAAGGUGAGCAGUAAGGUCAAAGUACCUACCCUGACAGGGAAGAAGAGCUAGCUCUUGGAUCCAUAUAUCACGAUGUCAACGACUUUAUUGUACCAGUAUCUGAUUAUCAAAUUCUUGUCAAUAUACUUGAUGGUAUCUAUGAAUCACCUUGGAGGUCACACUGACGCUUGGUAAACGCGACGAACAAAUUCAAUCAAGAUGAAU